UUGUGCCGCAGACAUCAAAGCGCACCAGCAACUUGUGCCGCAGACAUCAAAGCGCAACGAGCAACAUCUGCCGCAGACAUCAAAGCGCAACGAGCAACAUCUGCCGCAGACAUCAAAGCGCACCAGCAACUUGUGCCGCAGACAUCAAAGCGCACCAGCAACUUGUGCCGCAGACAUCAAAGCGCAACGAGCAACAUCUGCCGCAGACAUCAAAGCGCAACGAGCAACUUGUGCCGCAGACAUCAAAGCGCAACGAGCAACAUCUGCCGCAGACAUCAAAGCGCACCAGCAACUUGUGCCGCAGACAUCAAAGCGCAACGAGCGGGAAAGUCACAUCAAAGAUGCGGAGGUACUUUGCAGUGUUUUGCGUGUCGCUCGUCUUCCUCUCGGAGACCGUCGGCUUGGUCAUCGCGGCGAAGGAGAAACGCGGCUGGACGCUGAACAGCGCUGGAUACCUGCUGGGCCCCCGUCGUAUUGAUCACCUAAUUCAGAUAAAGGAUUCUCCCAGUGUGCGAGGCAGAGACGACCUGGUGACCCCAUAUGGAAUAGAUGGACACAGGACACUAGGAGACAAGUCGGGUCUAGCUGGCAAGAGGGACAUGGGCCAGGAGGAGGACUUCAGAACAGGUUCCCAGAGAAUAGCAGAUGGAGACGUGAUCCACACCAUCAUUGACUUUCUGUCGUACCUGAAGCUUAAAGAGAUGGGAGCCUUGGACAUCCUGCCGUCCUCUGUGACAUCAGAUGAACUGGCCAAUCCCUAACGCCGGUUCCUCUUUCGUGCGUCUCCGUCUCCCCGGGUCCACGUUCCUGUUGUCCGGACUCCCGCCGCCCUAAAUGUUGCUCCGUCACACUCUGAUGCUGGACGUACCGGCAUUUGGGCGGUUUACAAAUCGUACAGAUGCUUCUGUUGCUGUGUAAAUAAGUCACUUUUUACGGAGGACCUCUGUUCAGUAAACAACAGUGUUAUCUUAUUAUGCUUAUUAUUAUUAUCGUCUAUCGAUUUAUGAGAAUGGGAAAUAAAUAAACGAAUCACAUUGCGCUACUUGAA